AUGCUAAAACCUUUUGCCGCCCUGGUUUCAAGUUUGCGGAAAUGCAGCGCGGUGAGUGAUAUAACAAGAGUUUGGUUUUCUGCUCUGCCCAAAGAUUCCCCCUGGAUUAAGCCCUGCAGACUUCAUUAUGUUGAAAACGGCAAGCAAAAAUGCCGUGACAUGAUAAAAAUAUUAGAUUCCGUUAUGGUGUUAUUAUACAAUGCGUCUCGCGAGAAAUUAAUUUUUGUGCGACAAUUUCGGCCCGCUGUGUAUCAGAGCUUGAUCAUGGCUAACAUGGAUUUGCCGAAAGGAGAUAUUGAUUUGAUCAAGUUUCCACCCCAGCUGGGCAUUACAAUAGAGCCUUGUGCGGGUAUGGUGGACAAAGACAAAAGCUUGGCGGAGAUUGCUCGUGAGGAAGUUCUGGAAGAGUGUGGCUACGAUGUACCCGCUGAUAGACUAGAACUGAUCUAUAAAUAUAGAACUACAGUGGGUUCAUCAAGCUCCACUCUAACCCUAUUUUAUUGCGAAGUGUGUGAUGCUGAGAGGGUCAGCGCUGGCGGCGGUAUAGACAAUGAAGUAAUAGAAAUAGUGGAGUUAACUAUUGCUGAAGCUAAAGAACUGGCUAAAACAGGAGCCACCAUAAACAGUGGUCCCGGCACGCCGCUUUGUAUUUUAUGGUUUUUAGCCCAUAAGUCAUAAACAUGUAUUUGAAUUGAGCGCCAUAUUAAAACUAUUUAUGCUUAUCGAACGCUAUCGAUAAUUGUAUG